AUGAAAUUUAUUUCGUAAGAUGGAUAAGCGUUCGAAGUAUCUAUUUUUUUUAAUUAGAUUACUGAAUAUGCACUUAAGCAUUGUACUAAGUUAAGUAAAACUAAUUCAGAAAUAUUUAAUUUAACUUCCACAAACAGUAAUAUAUUGAGAAAGGUGGUUUAGUAUUGUGAAAUGCAUUAAGGAAAUGAUUUUAUCCCAGAAAUUAAAAAACCUUUGAAAUCAAAUAAUAUGUAAUUGAUAUUCUUAUUGUUAGGUUUGAAAUUGUGAAUUUUAUAGAUGCUUAAUAUAUUACUAAUCUUGAAUUUGAGGAAAUAUUUCAAAUUAUUUAAGUAGCUUAAAUUCUUGGUAUCAAUACAUUAAUUGAUCUAUCCUGCGCAUAUAUUUCCACAAAAAUUAGAGGUAGAAUAUCAUUAAAAUUUUAGGGAAAAGUUCAGAAUAAAUAAAAUCCUUAUUCUCUUCUAAUAAAAUUAAAACCGAUGAAGAAUUUUAAAAGUAAAGAGAUAACGAAAAUUUGGCUAAAAGAUAACUAAUACAAACAUCAGAUUGA